AUGGAGACUCUACGUCAACUUCGGAUCCCGCGUAGCUUACGAUUUUCCUCGUUCCCCGCAAGUGAGACAGAAAUCCAACUCCACACCUUCUGUGAUGCUUCAACGAUCGCCUAUGGAGCCUGCACUUACCUGCGAUGUGAAUACCGAGGUGCCGUAACGGUUCGUCUAGUGGCCGCCAAGUCAAGAGUCGCCCCAGUACAACAGGAAACAGUUACUAGACUGGAACUAAUGGCCGCAUUACUAGGAGUGUGGAUCGCCAAACGGUACGUCUUCCUUCAGCGAAAGAGAACACCGAACCUCCAGGAUUGGCUAUGGACGGACUCAGACAACGUGCUGUACUGGUUACGAUCCGAGGCCACUCUCUACGCUCCCUUCAUAAGUACUAAGAAGGAACAAAUCCUGGCCGCCUCAUCCGCUACAAGGUGGCGCCACGUUCCUAGUGAGCUAAACCCAGCCGAUGACUACAGUCGGGGAAUCAACGCAGGAGAGUUAUCAGCAUAUCACAGGAGCUUGGCGGGACCCGCAUUUUUGUGUAAAGAGGAGAAGGAUUGGCCCCAAAGACGAGGAGGAGCCGUAAAAGAAGUUUGUUAG